AUGAAGUACAGCAAAAGCUUCACGGCUAUGGUUGCUGCUGGCCUGGUUCGAGUUUCGCUCGCUCAGAGCACGACAUGGUGCGGUAAGAACUAUAUGGCAAACCAGUCUGUGGUGCCCCCUGGUGGACAGUUUGUCUUACCCAUCCAAAGUGCUGAACCGCUUCUGUCGUUUCGCUGUGCCCCUGUCUUCCGCCCAUACCUCGAGGAGGAUGCGAAGAGCGCGGCAUUUGUGGUCGACACACCAAUUGUUUACGACUGGAUCACUGGUGCUGAGAGCAUAUCACUUCCUUCUAACUCGAGCAAUUCUAGCGGCUCCACUGGCCUAGGAAGCCUCAGCGUCACCAUCAGUGUGGGCUCUGUCUACACCACCACAAACGUCCCUCUAAACGCUACCGGGAUUCAAAUUCCCGUAGAUAUCAGCAAUCUCGACGCCCAGAAGACCGCAUACAAUGUCAGCUGCUCUGCUGUAUAUUCUGCUCCUUCAUCUUCGGGGUCUGAAACUGCAAACGAGCAGAAAUUCAGUGCUAGCUCAUCCCUUUUGUAUCUCCCUAAUACAAAUGCUUCCGUCACAAAGACAGACUUGCGCACUGGUGCACUCUGGGUGCGGCCUGCAAGUGGCAAUGGUGGAACAUUUGCGCCGUUCAUCCCUCAAGGAUUCUACAUAAAUUUCGACCAGUAUCUAGCGAAAAAUUUGUCUAUGAUCGAUCAACUUAAGGCUGAUGGCUUUAACACUCUUCACCCAAUUCCUCCUUACGAUAACCUCACUAUUUUCGAAGAAGUCAUUAACAAGACCGUCAGUGCCGGCAUGUACAUCGUUUAUGAUAUGCGAUCGAACUACCAAAAUUUGACCGCUGUCGCUCAACAAGUGAACACUUACGCCUCGAUUCCAAACCUACUGAACUGGGAGACCGCACACGAGCCCGAUGGCAACUCUGACCCCCAAAAUGCGGCGCAGGCAGCAUAUGACUUAAUUUACCAAAUGGACGGAUAUCAUCCUGUCUCUAUUGUUCUGAAUUGCCAAGACUACAACUUCUCGCCUUACGUCGGGGGAGCUGAUAUCGUUCUGCAGGAUGCUUAUCCUAUCGGUAUCAAUGCCACAUGGUCUCCUGUGUGGAACACAGAGUGUACUCCGGACUUCGGUCACUGUGGUUGCGACAACUGCCAAGGGGAAAUGUGGGAUGUUAAGGCCCGUGUCCAGACCUUUAAAAACAGACUCAACAUCUUGGGCUUUGACCGCACCAAGUCCGUGUGGACCACGCCCCAGGCUUUCGGCAGUGCCGCAUACUGGAACACAACUCCCACUGGCAUGCAAUGGGCUGCUAUGGGAUUCACUUCCUUCAGCCAUGGUGCUAUAGGUUCCAAGUCCUACCAAUACCCGACCACAACCAACAAUGAAACAACGAUCGAAGGGACAGCAGCUGGCCUCACCGUUCUCAUCCAAAAAUAUGUUCAGCCUUUCAUGGUCGACCCGAACGCCACAUUUGCCAGCUAUGACUACCAGGGCGUGGAUGCCGGUCUCUGGAACAACGGCACUUCAUACUUGCUCCUCGUUGUCAACAUGGGCAACGCGCAGGUCUACAUGCCGUACCAGGAUAUCGGAUUGGGCUGGGUCACAAACGCGACGAAACAGGUACAACGCAUAUUUUCUGUCUUCGAGGUCCCCACCGCUGCUGGCAAUCUCACCGGUGUGACGUUCCAAGCUGGAGGUAUUGGUAUUCACAUUGCGACGCCCUGA